AUGACCCUCGGCCAUACGAACAUAUGGCUUGCCGUCGGCUCCAUUACUGUAUACCAGGUAUGCUUUGCGCUGCUCGUCCUCUGCAUCUCCCGCAACGCCCUUAUCGCGCGCCUCAUGGCCGCGCUGACCGUCACGGGCCAGGCGUAUGUUGUGUACCUCAAUGCCAUCGUGCCACUCGGGCCUGCGCACCGCCGCGCGCCACCGCUGGGCAUCCUGCUGGUUCACUGUCACAGCCUGGCCGAGUAA